CUCAUUUAGCACUUUAUUGUAAAGGUUCAGUACCUGAUGAUAUUAAAAGAAAAUGGUUAAUUGAAGUUGCUAAAAGAGGUGAAAAAGUAAAUAAUAAGGAUAAAGAAAUUUAUAAUAGAAAAAAAGUUAAAAGGUCUGAUCAAUUAAUUACUUCACACUUCCAAUCCAUUAAUAAAUUAUCCUCUCAACAAUUCACAGACAUUACAAAAGCAUUGCUUAAAGCUUUUGUAUAUUGUGAAAUUCUUUUUGCUAUCAUCGAUAAUCUGUAUUUUCAAGAUUUUUUAAACCUUUUACAAUCUAGUUAUACACCACCACAUAAGGAUGCACUUUUAGGCUCAAUACUUGAUAGAGAAAUUGCACAAAUUGUUGUUAAUUAUACAGCAACUUUGGCUGAUUGUUUUAUAGAAAUAGUUCAAAUAGCUAUUGCUCUUAAGAAAAUACCCAUCAGUAACAAUUUUUAUGCUCUUGCUAUUGCUGUAUUCAAUGCUCGAUAUGAACUAUUUGACAUUUCUUUAUAUCUUCUAACUUAUUUUCUUUAUCCCAACUACAGAAAUAAUAGUUUAAAAAGAAAGUUCUAUGAUAUUUGUGAAUUGGCAGUUAGUUAUUAUAAAGAUAUGCAUCAUAGUGAAAAAGAAUGUUGUGAAUUAGUAAGUCAAUUAAUAAACUACAAAGCAAAAGUUAUGCCCUGGGAUAUUGAGUUUUCUUUCAAUUUAAUGCCUGCAACAUGGUGA